CAUAUCUCUCUCUCUCCCCCAUCCCAUACAUCCUUCUAGGGUUCCGCCUUUUGUCAACAAGGAUGCAACCAGCAAAUUCCAUGAUUCCACCACCACAUUACCAACAGCAGUGGCCGCCGCAGUAUCAGGUUCCGCCGCCGCAGCAAUCUGGAUAUUAUUACCCGCCGCAACAGGGCGGAGUUCCUCCACCGCAACAACCACAGUACAACGCUGCUUCUUCUGUUCAGGCCAGUAGCGGUGAUGAGGUCCGAAGCCUUUGGAUCGGAGAUCUACAGUUUUGGAUGGACGAACAAUACCUUCUCAACGCCUUCGCUCAAACUGGAGAGGUGGUCUCUGCUAAAGUUAUCCGUAACAAGCAAACUGGACAAUCAGAGGGUUAUGGUUUUAUUGAGUUUAUUAGUCAUGCCGCCGCAGAAAGGAAUCUACUAGCAUAUAAUGGGAUGUUGAUGCCUAAUAUUGAGCAGAAUUUUAGACUUAACUGGGCUUCACUUGGUUCUGGUGAAAAACGUUCUGAUAAUACUCCUGAAUAUACAAUAUUUGUUGGCGACUUGGCAGCCGAUGUCACUGAUUAUAUGCUUCAGGAGACAUUUAGGGCUAACUAUCCUUCUGUGAAGGGUGCUAAGGUUGUAACAGAUAAGGCCACAGGGCGCACCAAGGGUUAUGGUUUUGUUAAAUUUGGGGAUGAAACUGAGCAGGUACGUGCUAUGACUGAGAUGAAUGGACAGUUUUGUUCAACUAGGCCCAUGCGGAUUGGUCCUGCAGCUAACAAGAAGAGUAUGGGUGGUCAAAGUCAAGCUUCAUAUCAAAGUUCACCUGGAACUCAAAAUGAGGAUGACCCUUCUAAUACCACUAUUUUUGUUGGGAACCUGGAUGCCAACGUAACUGAUGAACAUCUGAGGCAGAUUUUUGGACAUUAUGGGCAGUUGCUUCAUGUGAAAAUACCAGUAGGCAAGCGGUGUGGCUUUGUUCAGUUCGCAGACAGAAGUUGUGCUGAGGAAGCUUUACGGGUAUUAAAUGGAACUCAGCUGGGGGGACAAAGCAUCCGUCUUUCCUGGGGUCGUAGUCCUGCAAACAAGCAGCAGCCUCAGGCCGAUCCAAACCAAUAUGGUGGUUAUUAUGGGUAUACAGCUGGAUAUGAGGGCUAUGGUUACGCUCCCCCUGCUCAGGAUCCAAAUCAGUAUUAUGCAGGCUAUGCAGGAUAUGGAAAUUAUGCACAACCUCAACAGCAGCCCCAGGUCUGAUGAAACCUUUAUCUAUUAACUAAAGCUUUUUACUUAUUACCCACAUCUCUAUUUUGGAAUGUAAAUGAAUGCAACAUUCCUUAAGGUUAUUAAUAUCUUUUUAGUUUUCGAACUGCUUUUGAUCUUUUCUCCACGGUUUUUUUUUUACGGGUCUUUGGAGAACAAAAUUAUUCAUUGAAAAGAAUUUGAUACUUAAACUGAUAACAGCAGUUGCUCAUAAAAAAUAAUGAUAUGUUCUGCAUUCUCAUUUCACUUCCUCUUUGCAGUGAUCUGCUGGUCAAAGGAGUUGCUGAGUGCUUCCCAGCAUGAUUAUGUAUUGAUGUUACAAGCUGCGCAUGGGAUUAUCAGUUGGAAUCCAGAUUUAUUAUAUUGCACUAUCUGAGGGGUGUUGGGAACUUCUGUAGGCUAGUUCGUGGGGAUACAAUUUACAGUUAUGGUCAACUGUUGCUUAUCUUUCGUUAAUUUGCUUUGUUUUUUUUUUUUUUUUUUUCCGUGUUUGCUAUUUUGGUACUUAGAUAUGAAAUCUAGAUAUACUUGGAGAAGUUUAGGCAUGUAUUUAUACUUGUGCUUCUUGGCUAUCCCAACAUUGCUUAAAACUUUA